CGCGGCGUACUCAAUGCUUGCAAUGGCGGAAUUAGAAGUAACUACUUUUUAAAGCAAUGGAAACAAAUACAUCACACGUUCUUCCACCUAAAUAUUCAUCAGGUCCUCAUGGAUUAGGUGAUCCUAAUGAUAAAAGUUUAAGAAAGGUUGAACUAAAUGUACUUAUACCGCAAGUAAUACGAGAUAGGGCAAAAGCAGAAAAGUGUUUCUUAGAAGUUGAAGAAUUCAAAAAAUGUUGUCAAGAAAACAAUUUAUCAAUGGUAUUCAAAUGUAGAACUGAAAAUAAUAAAUUAACGCGCUGCUUAGAACGGUGGUUUCACGACAAAGAUUUUCAAGAGGAAUGUAAACAAAUAUACCUCCAAGAAAGAAGCGAAUAUAGAAAAACAAAUGUAUCUAAAAAAUUACGAAACAUCGAAAAAGAACAAUCGAAGUAAUAUAAUGUAAGGAAAUAAUAUCUUUUUAGUUUGAUCCUUCAGGAUUGUAAAUAGAUAGUAUUAAAUUAUUUGUAAUCGUAUUGAAAUACAACUUUAAAAGAUAUGUAGUUCUAAUUAGUUAUAAACUUAUUAUUUUAUUAACGCUAAAUAAAGUUAAUUAAUGAAUUUUGAAUUCAUUCAUAGACUA